CCGGGAGUGGGCGUCACAAAAUGACUGUGUUUCCACACAUUUUGCAUUCGUCUCGUUUCUGCCCUUUGAGUGGGAGCUCUCAAUGUGAAGUGAUCAGGCAGGAUAUCAACGUCAAAAACAUGGUGCACCUGGGUCUGCAGCUUCGCGCUACAUUGGAGAAUGUGACUGAUAUACAGCCCCAGCCAGACGACGAUGACUUCCGCUGGUACGUGAAGCUGCGUUGCAACCACUGCGGCGACCAACCAGACCACUUUGUCUACCUCUGCGCCACGGAGGAAGUCCCCGUCAAGGGCGGCCGAGGCCAUGCCAACAUGGCCGUGAAGUGCAAGCUCUGUGGCCGCGAUAACCACGUGGACAUCGUGCCCGGCUCUGUGAAGCCUCUGACGGAGAGCGAGAAGUUCCAGACGGUGGUCGAGUUCGACUGUCGGGGAGUGGAGCUCACCGAUUUCUCGCCUCGCGUCGGUUGGACGUGCCGUGGCGCAGAGUCGGGCACCAAGUUCGCCGACGUCGACCUCUCGGAAAAGGAGUGGGUCGAGUACGACGAAAAGGCCGGUGAGUCGGUGGGUAUCUAUGAUGUGCAGUCGCAGUUUGUCAAACUGAAGAACUAAACCUGGUACGGAGUGCUGAUCCACAGGUGUUUGGGAUGGGAGAAACUUACGAGGGGCUUGCUGGUUUUUGCCGGAUUUGGCAUUGCGAGUUAGCUUGACGCAGCUCGUAGUUAGAACUUAUGCGAGCAUACAUCGCUAAUUGGCGGGGAUCGUUCCGUUGCUUCGUUUGCUGUGAUGAUGCUGACUUACGUAUGGGCAAGUUGGUGUGAGAAAGCUCGUUUUACAGUGUUACAAUUAAGGCUAUAUAGUAAAUGAUAACGUGCUCCCAAGGAGUGGUCAAUGUAAAUGUAACUUAAAUACAUUCGUAAAGAA